AUGUCCCACAAGUAUGUAGCUGGGGAGAAGCCACCUCGGAUUUACCCGAAGUCUAGGACACCAGAGAUCCCAGUGCCCUGCACUGUGCCUGAAGAAGCAGGUCGUGAUGGACACCAGGGUCGCCAACUGGGCGUGCUGGCCAGCCACCAUCAGGCCUUCUGCCGCACCCUGCCGCGGGUCCCACCCUUCUAUGCCAUGAAGUGCAACAACAGCACCUGGGGACUGCGUGUCCUGGCCACCCUGGGCGCCGGCUUCGACCGUGCCAGCCAGAGAGCCAGGGUGGGGAGCAAGCCCCUGAUGCAGUCGUCCCCAUGCCAGGUGGAGCUGGAGCAGGUGCUGGGCCUGGGCGUCGCCCCCUCGUGCAUCAUGUAUGCCAACCCCUGCAAGCCUGUCUCCCACAUCCAGUACACUGCCCUCCACGGGCUGCGGCUCCUGACCUUCGACAGUGAGGAGGAGCUGAGCAAGGUGGCCCAGCACCACCCCGAGGCCAGGCUGGUCCUCUGGCUGUGGACCCAGGACAGCGAGAGCACGUUCCCCCUGAGCGCCAAGGUCGGGGCCACCCUGGAGGUGUGUGAACAUCUGCUCAAGUCAGCCAGGGCCCUGGGGUGGGCAGUGGUUGGAGCCAGCUUCCACAUGGGCUUGAAAUGCCAGACGGUGCGCGCCUUCACCCAGGCCCUGGCUGACUGCCGAUGCGUGUUCGAGAUGGGCCUCCUGGACAUCGGAGGGGGCUUCCCGGGAGAGGAGGGCUGCGAGCCUAAAUUUGAGGAGAUAGCGAGGGUGAUCAAUGCUGUCCUGGCCCAGGACUUCUCCGUGGAGAGCGGUGUAGAGAUCAUCGCGGAGCCCGGACGCUUCUACGCGGCGUCUGUCUACAUGGCAGCUGCCAACCUCAUUGCCAAGAAGACUGUGCUGGAAUCUGGUGGGGAGGCUGUCCCCAGGAUGCCCAUUGUGGUGAAGGAGUUCGGCUCAGAGCCGUCCCUCUUCCCCCGUACCUGCUACGGUCCCACAUGUGAUGCCUUUGACAAGCUCUUCCUAGGGGAGUUGCGGAUGCCCGAGCUGGAUGUGGGCGACUGGCUUGUCUUUCCCUCCAUGGGCUCUUACACCUCCACCAUGAGCUCCACCUCCAGUGGCUUCCCGCCCGCCUCCAUCUGCUAG